AUGGCGAGUCUGCAAUUACUAGAGCAAGCAGCACCCACUCUCGUAUGGCCAGUCAAAUUCUGCUUGGCCAUUACGACCACCCUAUAUCUCUUGUCUCUCAUCACAGGCAACGUCUCUCAAGCGGACAGAGUCUGGACGUUCCUCCCGACCGUCUAUGCUGUCUACUAUGCUCUCAUUCCACUUUGGCCAAACUCUGCUCUCGCUCUCUUUCCGUAUACGCCAUCCAACGCACCUUACUUUGUUGCUAGCACUUUCAGCCCAAGGGCGGUCAUGAUGGCCACUUUAAUUGUACUUUGGAUGUACCGCUUGAGUUACAACACCUGGAGGCGUGGUCUGUUCAGCCUGAAAGACGAGGACUAUCGCUGGGAGCUCUUGCGCCAGCAGAUUCCCAACAAGAACAUCAUCCUGUUUAUUCUCCCACUACCCACUCACAUGGCUGUCCAUCAGCCCCACAGCCCGCUCAGUACCUCGGACUACGUUCUUUGUGCCCUCGCUCUUUUGACCAACGUAGUCCAGUUCACAGCGGAUAACCAGCAGUGGUCCUAUCAGAAUUACAAGCACUCCGGCGUUCUUAACGCCAAUGAAUGGCCCGGUGCACGUAUCCAAUGGACCAAACAAGACGCUGAACGCGGCUUCGUCACACGCGGGCUGUGGGCUUGGUCGAGGCACCCCAACUUUCUGUGUGAACAAACCUUUUGGAUUCUCAUCAACCUUUUUCCCAUCCUAUCUCCUGCGUCCCCGCAUCUCACAGCCCCUCCCCACAAGAUCACCGACCUGACCCCCCUUCUUCCAUCUCUGGUGAUCACGUCGCUGUUCUACUCGAGCACACUCUUCAGCGAGUCGGUAUCCCGAGGAAAGUACACAGCGGCAUAUCCUGCAUACCAAGAGCGCGUUGCCAUGUUCAUCCCUCUCUUCACGCCCGUAUGGGGGCUGUGGCUGUCCAUCCGAGGGAAGAAAGAAGCAACGGAUAGGCUGGUGUACGGUGCCGGUGACCACAAGAAGACGGAGUAG